AUGCACCGUCUUCUUCUUUGUCUGUCAUUUCUGGCCACUGCCUCAGCAGCCUUUGUACCUUUGAAACACCGCGGCUUCAGCUUGCAAAAUGAGACAAUUGAGGAUUACAUGGGCAAUGCCCCAAACGUGACCACUCUCGAUCAUUCCGCCGGCAUUGGCGCCGAAUUCGAGACUGCAAUGUUUACUCUUGUACACAAAGGCUGUGCAGCGGAAGAUAGUGACCAGCUGAAAGGAGCAGUCAUUGGAGAUCACAAAGAUGAGAAUUCCCAGUGGGCAUUAACAGCGGAUACAACUUCCAAACCUGACCAACUCCAUGCGGAAUACAUAUUCUACGGCCAGAAUAUCAAGGUUGGCAGUGGGGAUGCUGCCAAGGCGGGCGCAGUAGCUGCAAAAGAUUUUGUGAACUGGUCGCCUUGGGCUGGUGACGAUGCCGAUAACAUCAAGAUUGGAGACGGUGUUUGCGAUCCGUGGAAGAUUCAAGGCGCCAGUAAAAAUUGGAAGGCAGAAGACGUGACAUGGGACGCACAAGUGACUGCGCCGAUGCCCCUCGAAGGAGUAUACAGCCUCAUGCAAGAACAACAGCAAGAUCCGCAGGAACAUAACAUCCUGGACGGCUAUGAGACCAUAAGGACUGGAGCACAUCACAGUCCGGGGGGCGUCAACCUCGUCGUUGUCACCAAGGACUUCUUCCAGACCAGCCCAAAUGGUAUCGCAGCAGACAAAGUCACCGAUGAUGUUCUCGGCUUCUGCUCCCUGGUGCUAUCUUAUGCUAAGGGAGUUGGAAAUGACUACCUCUUGCGCCCUGGCGAAAGCGUGAAGCUCAUGACGACUUUCAUGCCUCGGACCGAAUUCAACACGAUAUUCAAACAGGUCAAAUCCAAGAUCUCAGGCGACCUCUACGACCUCUUCAACAUUCUUGCGUGUUACCAAUCAGCAAAGAGUAGCGGGAGCACGACCACUACCCUAGAUAAGACCUACUGCUCCGGCAGCGUCACGAAGCCAGUUCCCAACGGCGAAUUCGCCAAGUUGAAUUUCCAAAACUCCGAAAACUCGGUUAAUGUCAAAACUUGGAUCCAGGGCAUUGGUACCGGAAGCGGCACUCAAGAUGCACUGUCCAAUCUCGACUCUAGUCUUGACAAGUCUAUUGGAGGGCUUGGAACACAGACAGAGAAUAUGUACAAGACACAGCGUGCGGUGCCUUUGUUCGAGUUCAGGGAUCUGCCUCAAUCGCCUACCACAUCGGGAUUCGAGAAGUUUCUGAAUGACGCAGAUGAGGCUGUGUUGACACUUCAUGAGAAGUUUGCUAGUGUUCCAUGA